GUAGCGACUUGUCACUUCGCCGAUGAUUUUGUAGGAAAGGUCUCGGCUACUAAAAUUAAUCAUGUCUAAAUGUCAUGCUAUUACAAGCUUAGUUACAAGGUUGUAGACUAGUCGUCCUUGCCUUGGUUAGCAGUCAGUGAAUGAUACUCCGCUACGCGCUGUGCUUUGCGUCGCUGAUGAAGGAUUAGUCGCUACAUCAAGGUCGUGCAACACAGUGAUAUACUAGUAGCGGAUAGCAAGAAGACACCGACUGCUGGUAUUCAAUCACAAUGACAGCGCCAGCACAGUGUACGAAUGACGGCACCCCGCUGCGUCUGGCGAUUGUCCAUGACGCAUUUUUCGGCGACGGCGCCGAGACACGGCUCCUCUCAUGCCUUCGAGAGGCGCGGGCACGUGGCGCGUCGCUGGCGGUUCUCAGCGAGCUGCCCCUGAACAGCUGGAUGGCGGUGAGCAAGGAGUUUGAUGUGAGCAAUGCAGAGGUGAUCAACGAUGGCCAUCGGCAAGCCUGUCUCUCUCGCUGUGCUCGCGAGGCUGGUAUUGCACUGAUCGGUGGUGCAAUUACCUAUAGCCGCGAUGUGGAUGCUUCGCAUGUUGAUGUCAGCCACUGCGACAGCACGUCGUGGCUGUUCGACAGUCAGGGUGUGGCGCACGCGCAGUACGCCAAAGUUCAUUUACCGCAGGAAGCCGGUUACUGGGAGGCCAGCCACUACUCGCCAUCCGCUAACCUUCCAGUUGCGUUUGAUUUCAGUCCCGCCGUCGACUCGCCUUGCUGGAAGAUCGGCGUUCAGCUGUGCUCAGACAUCAUGCGUCCGGCCGGAGCAGCCUACCUUGCAUCUCAGAAUGUCCAGCUGUUGCUGCACCCGCGUGCCACGCCGCUGUCUAGCUACGAGAAACGCUGGAAGCCAGUGCUGCGGGCCGCCGCGCUGACCGGCGCGGCGUACGUGGUGUCCGUAAACCGGCCGUCAACGGGACAGCUGGACACGCCGUGCGGUGGAGCGUCACUAGUCGUGUCACCGCAGGGUGAGGUGAUCCUGGAGACCACCGACCCACUGACCGUAGUCACGCUGGACCUGUCCAAGGUGGAGGCGGCCAAGGAGGACUACCCUGGUUACCUGCAGCAUGCCGAGCAGCUGAUGCCACCUGGACGUGCAUGACACUCACAGUACCAGCAUCCGGCUGAUACUAGGGAGUAGUAAAAUACCUGGUAUUUUACUACUCCCUGCUGAUACGAUGUGCGGCGGUGUCGCUUCACCUCGGCAUUGUGCUCUCUACACAGUACACAUGCAUGCAUGCAUUUUGAAGUGGUGCAUUGGCUGGCAUCGACGUUGGGGGCUGGUCGUGUUUGACUUCCAGGCAUACCUAGACUGAGCGAGACCUGCGUACCAGCACAGAUGUACUGCAGUGACCAUUCUGGUUUAAGUUCUUGAGCUGAUACAUUAACAAGUAUUUACAAAUCUAAUUGAAAAACUCAAUUUCCUCGGCAUUA